AUGUGGGUGAAACCGCAGGAGGUUCUGCUUGCUAAUGCGUUGUGGGUCACAGAGCAUGCAAACCGAUUCUUUAUUCUGCAGCGACGGAAAGGUUUGGGGGGAGGUGGUGGACUUGCUGGUUUGCUGGUGGGGACACUGGACACUGUGCUGGACAAUAAAACACGGCUGUACAGAAUCUUGCAUCAGACUGAGGGAUCAGAUUUAAGCUAUUCUGUGGCAGAGACUAACAACAAGAAAGAUGUCCAGGAGCAUUGGGAAUGGCUGGAGACAAAUGUUGUGAAUAUUUUAGAAACAUUUGAAAACAGAGAUGAAAUUACUGCUUUCAUCAAGUGUAAAAUUGAAAGUUUAGUUGCCAGUUCUGAGAAAGGUAAACAGUAUGAAGAGGUUGAAGAUCUUAGAACAUCAGCAAAGAAGUUUAGAAAAUAUUUUAACAUGCCAAAGGAGGAGAAGCUUGUCAACC